CACAAUAUCGGCGGCAAUUGUACAAUUGGGUUCAAUUUUUUCUCCAAUUACCGUGCUCCUGUGUCUCUUCUCUACAGUAGAAUUGAACCCGUGUUGCGCAAUUUGUUUUCAGAAUGUCGUCUGCUGUAGGUGUUAUACCAUGCCCUUGGAGAAUGGCUCCAUUCGAGGACUCUGAUGCUCAAAAGGAGGAGGAGGAGAGCAGCCGUGUGGAUCAGGACACGGCUGCUGAAGCUCGGGGAGUCACUGAGGAUGCUCUUGGACGCACCCAGGGCAUGGCUCACGAGGAAGUUUCGGUAGCUGGUGAUAAGGCUAAUCAGAUGAGUAGUAUAGGUGAGGAGAGAUUGGAGCAAGCGAAACAAGCCGUAUCAGAGGCUGCAGAAAUAUCCUCCAACCAAACUGUGAAUGCCAUGGAUGUUGCUGGGAGCAUAUUGCAGCAGGCAGGGAGUGCAUUGGAAAAUGUAGCAAAGAACCUGAAGGAUGCGGUCACAACCAGUCAUUAAAUGCGGAGGUGGUAGGGGUAGGACUAAAGCUUGAGCUCACUUCUGCAUUGUAACUAUUACAGAUUGAUUUUGUUUUGUGUUAUUCACUGCAACUGAUUUGAGCACAUUUUAUGAAUGCGAA